CCCCGCCCCUCGGCGGCUCCAGGUGCGGCGGUGGGACCUUCGACCGCGGCGGGGCCAGAGCCGGGGCCGAGGCGCCAUGGCCGAGUCCCAGCUGAGCUGCCUGGACGAGGCGCACGUGAACGAGAAGGUGACCGAGGCACAGGCCGCCUUCUACUACUGCGAACGGCGGCGGGCCGCGCUGGAGGCGCUGCUGGGCGGCGGCGAGCAGGCCUACCGCGAGCGGGUCAAGAAGGAGCAGCUGCGGGACUUCCUCUCCAGCCCGGAGCGCCGGGCCCUCUGCGCCGCCUGGAGCCCGUACGAGGACGCCGCCGACGCCGCCCCCGCCACCAACGCCCGGGGCAAGAGCAAGGCCAAGGCCAAGGCCCCCGCGCCGGCUCCGGCCGAGCCCGGCGAGUCCCUGGCCUACUGGCCCGACCGUUCCGACACCGAGGUGCCCCCGCUGGACCUGGGCUGGACGGACACUGGUUUCUACCGCGGCGUGAGCCGGGUCACCCUCUUCACCCACCCCCCCAAGGACGAGAAGGCGCCGCACCUCAAGCAGGUGGUCAGGCAAAUGAUCCAACAGGCCCAGAAGGUCAUUGCUGUGGUCAUGGACCUCUUCACGGAUGGUGAUAUCUUCCAAGACAUUGUGGAUGUUGCCUGUAAGCGCCGGGUCCCAGUGUACGUCAUCCUGGACGAGGCGGGAGUGAAGUAUUUCCUGGAGAUGUGUCAGGGCCUGCAGCUCACCGACUUCCGGAUUCGGAACAUCCGUGUCCGCUCCGUGACUGGCGUCGGCUUCUACAUGCCCAUGGGGAGGAUCAAGGGGACCCUGUCAUCAAGGUUCCUGAUGGUGGAUGGUGACAAAGUGGCCACUGGAUCUUACAGGUUCACCUGGAGUUCCUCCUACGUGGACAGGAACCUCCUCCUCCUCCUGAUGGGGCAGAACGUGGAGCCCUUUGACACAGAGUUCCGGGAGCUGUACGCCAUCUCCGACGAGGUGGACUUGCAUCGGCAGCUGGGCCUGGCAGGCCACCACUACUCCUCCACUGUGGCUCGCAAGCUCAUCAACCCCAAGUAUGCCUUGGUGGCAGGCAGCCGUCACCCGCCCGGGGAGAUGAUGCGCUGGGCUGCUCGGCAACAGCGGGAGGCCGGCGGCAACCAGGAGGGGCAGGAGGAGGGCAGCGGCGGCGAGUCAGCCCGGCGUCUGGAGAGCUUCCUGAGAGACCUGGCUACGGUGGAGCAGGUGCUGCCCCCUGUGGAGCCCAUCCCCUCGGGGGAGCUGAGCCGGAAGGACGGCAGGAUGGUCUCUUGCAUACACAUAGACCUAAAGCCCACAUCCCAUGAGGCGCCCAGCCGAAAUGGCACAGGAGAAGCGGCCCAGGCAGAGGCCGCCCCUGCCCGGGAGCGCAAGCGCCUUAGCAGCAAGUUGUUGAGCCGCUGGUCCAAGAGGCCCACGGUGCCCAAUGGCGUGGCCAGCUCCCCCUCCACCGAGACCUUCUCCGAAGUGGAGUUUCUGAUGGGGAAGAAGCCCAACGAGGACUCCAGUGCCGAGGUCUCAGGUAAAACAAGUCCCAGUUCUGCCAAGCCCAACAAGUGCGUGAUUUCCUGAGCUGCGGGAUGGGGGUGGGCAGGACGUGUGGAUGCCCGCCUGCCCUGCCCUGUGCUGUGGAGAGCGCGGGUCACACACUGCACCAGUUUGCACAUCAGACUCCAACUGGCCUCCUGCCCUGCAGCCUCCGUCCUGGCCUCAGGGAGCCUGGAUCCCACAUGAGAGGGUCCGAAGCAUCUCAGUCACACACCAGACUGUCGGUGGCUGGGCGGGGGUCAGUGCCACGGUCUUCUUGUUUACAUGAAGUAGAAGCUUAACCAAUGUCCACCCUCCUUUGUGCCCUGUCCCCUCUGCUGCUUGCGAGAUGGGGUGAGGGCCAUUCUUUAAACCUUAAUGGGCUGGGGUGUCUGGGGCAACCGCAGUGGCCUGUCCUUCCCAGGCUUCCUGGUACUUCUGGUUCCCCGCUCCAGGAGAUUGUUGGAAUAAAAGGGAGAGGGCAGGGCUCUGAGCCCCGGA